CCUUUCUGAAUUUUGCCGUUAUUUUUAUUUGUAUUUAUUCCCAAUUUUCUACGUGUUUGAAUGUAUAUAAUAUACUACAUAUUUUCCCGUUGAUAUUGGACGUCUCUCGAUGAGCUGUGAGUGUCAGGGAUGUUAAUUGGUGUGACACUGAGGUGAUAAAUGGACGGAGGUCUCGGGAGACAGGCCGCACGCCGACAGACAGAGCCCCGACGAGAGAGGUGGCCAGACCCUGAUCGACAGCAUGGGCAAAGUGCACUUUUAUGCCGUCUGGUCUUUACGUGAAGCACCUCGACAGUUUAUACGAAAUGUCAACCGUACGACGUACCAGGUCCAGAUGCCGUUACCCUUACCGAAGCAGCUGAUAGUGUUUGGUUUAGGGGACUGGUCGUCCUUCUCCGGUGAUACAGAGAUCUCUGUGGAGGUCCUGCUGAGUCCAGAGGUCGAGUCACAGGUCGUCGGGACUCUUUCGCCUCGCUCCAGGUGUCUGAUCUGGCAAGGAGUCUGGACUCCGGAGCUGCUCGCCGAAGCCACACACCGAGGCAGGAGAGGAGUUUACGCCAAAGUCAUGCUCAGCAUCCGUGGACAGGUGAGGUCCAGCUUCAUCAGCAGCACCCCACGGAUGACGAGGAAGCGUCUGGUGCUCAACCACUCCUCCAAUCCGUCCAGCACCCUUCUCAGCAGCGGAGAGAGUCACGAUAUCACCCAGAGGUCUCCUCCCGAGGGAAGCGUCAGCUGUUCGGAGCUGGGGAAAAGUAAGACGGAGACGCGAGAAAGCACGCUGCUUCAGGGUGUGUGGCCGAUGGACAAAACUCCAAGACGCUCCGUUAUAGGAAUAAAGGGAUGUAUUUGGAGUUCUGAAGAACCGGAAAGCCCUCUGAAUCCAAACCGAGCUUCAAGCCCAAAGAAGCGCAAGCUGCGUAAAAUGUCUGCAGUUGAUUUCGAGGACGAGAUGGCCGUCAAACGCGUGAAGAGCUGCAGGGCCGACUGUCCAUCAAAGCGCUGGAGCCACGCCAUGUGUUUGAGUGAUCCUGAAACCAUCCUGAUUGGUGGAGAGGCUGAUGACCAGGCCAGCUGUAGAGAUUCUAUAUGGAAACUGGAGAUCGAUAAUGAUUUCUGGUUCCCCCUGGACGUCUCAUCACCCGAGGUCAGUCCUCCGAGCUCAAAAGGUCACUCUGCAACCUUUGAUCCUGAGUCUAAAGCGGUGUAUGUAUACGGUGGUCUGAGAGAUGCCCAGCGAUACAGUGAUAUUUAUAUACUGGACACUAUAACAUGGAAGUGGAAGCUUGUUUCUGCAAAGGGAAAUGUGCCGUCAUUGGCGUACCACAGCGCCUCGGUCUAUAAGAAGGAGCUGUAUGUAUUUGGAGGAGUGCAGCCCAGCAGGUGUCCUGAAGGCAAGGUCUGCAGUAACGCACUCUACAUUUUCAACCCUGAACAUGGUCUGUGGUAUCAACCGAUUGUGGAGGGUGACCGUCCUCUGCCCAGGUUUGGGCACUCCACCACGUUGUUGUCGAACAAGAUGAUCAUUUUUGGUGGAAGAAAAACCGCCACCUACCUCAACGAUCUUCACAUCCUGGAUCUUGGCUUCAUGGAAUACACCGCUGUAAAAUAUGAGAACAUGCCACCAUUGGCCCGUGGGUUUCACGCUGCUCUACCCGUGUCUGACAACAGGGUGCUGAUCAGCGGAGGCUGCAGCGCUGUAGGAGCCCUACAGGACCUCCACCUCUUUAACAUAGAAACCAGCUCCUGGUCAUCGGUGGCGUCUCCGUUGCUUUGCUCGAAGCCUCGCGCCGGACACAGUCUGAUAAACCUAGGCUCUGCAGAGACUUCAUCUUCAGACCCGAGGGACGCGAGGGAUCAACAUCACAGCAAGAGCCUCUCUCUCAAGUGCACCAUCUUAGUAUUUGGAGGGUCGGACUGUUCAGGAACGUUUUAUAACGACACCGUUAAAUGCCAGGUUGAACUCCCUAAAUAGGAUCGGGGACUUUUUUUUUCUGAGAAAUGAAUGUAGGGUAUUUACAGAAACGUGAUUAGAAAAAAUUGAAGCACUUUUAGCGUUUGUUGUUUUGUUUUUUUUUUUAACGUUGCGUUGUUGCGGUUUUAGCGUGAACAGCUGUUUUACAGCUACCGUUUUUAUCUUAUUUUCCUUUUAAAAGCAAGCAAAGCCUUCACUCCCUCUCGGGUGUAGUUCAGAUUUGUAUUCAGUACAUUCAGAGACUAUGUAUUUUUGUGCAAUAAAUGUUUUCUCUUAUUUUGCACGUACUUUUAUACGUUUUCACGUUCGUAUUUUUGUCCGCUUUGUAUGUUUCACGUUACGCUCGCACAUUUUUCCUUUAAGUCACUGGUAUGUACAGUACAGCUCCUCUCUUGUUCACAGAUGACUCGAGUCUUUUCACCAAAGCAAUAAAUGCAGUACUUUGCUAAAAAAGAAA